CGGUUUUCGAAAAAUUAAAAGUUUAGAAAUGUGAAAUUGUCACGUAAAAAAUCAAAGUUUCCCACUAUAGGAUAAGUUGAAAUGACACAAUACACAGCAUUAAAGAUGCAUAAACUGAAUGGAGUGAAAGGAGAUGGGGCAGAUGGUGAUAAGGACGAUCAAAAAUUACUUCUCGAUAUGGGAAGUGAUAGCGAGCAGGAACAAUUUUCACUUCCCCCACUCAAACUCAAAGGCACAAACAGAAAAAAGUUGAAAAAGCUCAAAGAAUUCCCUAAAGAGGAGGUACAUAUUACACAACGAGUAGAACCAAGUUGUUGUACUUUACGUGGUUUCAUAGUGGCAUUAUCAUUGCUCAUCUUACUAGCUGCUGUGGGGGGCCUAGGAGCUCUCUAUUAUUCGCUCAUGUUACAAAUGAGGCAGAUCCAAGACAAUAUUAGUACAGUUGAAACUGGAAGCCAGAGUGUACCAAAUGAGUUCGCUGAAAUCCAGACCCACUUAAGACAAAUAGACAAAUCUAUAGAUGAGCACAAAAUAGGCAAGAAUGGUCUAGACCAACUGACAGCUAACAUAUCUUCUCUUACAAAACAGUACAACAAACUGAAGGAAGACUUUAAAGAGCUGAAUAAGGGCAUAAAAGCAGCUCCAGAAAUAAAAACACUCCCUGGAGAAGUAGAAACACUCACAAAUAGUGUAGCAGCAUUUGGGUCAGAUAUUAACACUCUGAAAGAUAAUGUGAAAAUGCUACAAGAAUUUAAAACUUCAACAAGUUCUACUUCUGAGACAGUAGAGGACAGACUGCAGAAAAUUGAGGAGGGGCUUACAAAGCUGUCCGGUGCUCCUGCUCCUGUUAAUCCCACACCAGGGGUUGGUGACAUAGAUCUAUCUGAAACAGAUUCAGCCUCUCUCCAGACCUACUUAGAUAAGUCUCUGGCCAGUGUGACUUCAUCAAUGCAGAAUAUUAAUAAUACCCUGCACCAGCAGAUGUUCAACAUCCAGAGCCAGCUGAAAGUUGUAGAAAAUCGCACAGUUGCAGUGGACACCAGACUUAACCUGAUUGAGUUGUCACCCCAUAUACGAAUGGUGCUGAAUGGGAGCCAGGAGCAGAUCAUCAAAACAUUAGUCACUGAGGCAGUGCAAAAAGCUGUGCAAAAUGUUGACCUGACUACUGCUUCAGACAACCUUACAACACCUACAAAGAUAGAUGGCAACACUGUUCCCCUUUCUGAUGUCACGCUGGCUACCAUAACAGCACAAAUAGACAACAUCACAAAAAUGGUCACCACUUUUGAGAAACAGUUAAGCCAGAUGCAGGCAGCCAAUCAAGGUUAUAAUGAACCAACAAGAUUUAAUGCAACAGCAGGCCUUCAGCAGAUGAUGGGUACUAUGUUUGCAGCCUUUAUGAACAUUACCCAACCUGACAAUGAGAUGGCUGAUAUAGGUCAGCACCAGAGUGAACUUAUAGAUCCUACUUUUUCCACAAUGAUGGAACUGCAGAGAAAAUUAGCAGAUGCUCCUAAAAAACUGAUAUCCUCUGUUCUUCUCCCUUUUAUGUCAAUGAGUCAACCUGGGGGAAUGAACCUAACAGCUUUAGGUCCUAUUAUUAAUACAGCAAUGUCUUCUGUUAUGGAGAUUUUCAAAGAUGCCAAGCACCUUCAAAUUGUUCAACUGAGAUUGUUUGAGGAGUUACAUGGAAACAUCUCAUUGUUGAACCAAAGCAUUGGGGAUAAUACGAUACAGCUUGUCCGUCACUCCACACACCUAGAUGCCAUGGAUGAAUCUCUACGUAACCUUAUAGCAACUAAAAGCAAACUUGCACCAAGACCUAAAGACAUUAUUACACCUACGGAGCCUAAGCCUCUUACAGACAUUACCAGUAGUCAACCUGCAUCAACCACUACUGGGCAAACUGAGGUAACUAGUCCAACACUUGCAAGCAGUGAUAAUAACACAACCUCUAGCUAUACAUCAACCAAUGUUGAUAACAGCACAACCACCAACUUUACCUCAAGCCUUGUUGAUAAUAGCACUAGCUUGGAUACAUUCGAUCCACUCAUGGAAGGAGAGGAUGACUACCCUGACACUGGUGAAAAUGCCUCACAGGAAGUAACGACCCAGUCUGUCUCUAGCAGUGCUGCCAUUACCAUUCCUAACAUUAAUGACAUGGAAGAUCUUGAACAAUAUUUUGCCAAGUGGGACAUUCGUGGAAAUGGCUUUCUUGAAUACAGGGAUCUACCAGGAUUCCUGGGACCUGAUACCCCUGAUGAGGACACGCUGAAGGAGUUUGAUUUGAACCAUGAUGGCAAGUAUGAUGUAGAAGAGUUUGCGGCUGCUCUAGGGUUUAAAGAGGAAGCUCAAGAAGCAAAAAAUCCAGCUAAUAUGGACAUAUCAGAAGAGCAAACCCCAACAACUCCCUUAAAGGUCCGCAGACAUGGGCAGUUACCUAGCGAUCUCAAUGACAUUAUGGACAAUGUUCUUAAUGGCCAUUAACACAUAGAAACAUUGCAAUAUUACAACUGAUGAUGAAUGGUGAUGAAGAAGGAGGAGGAUGAGGAAAAGGAGGAGAAUGAUGUGCAUCACAAUAAGGCAAAGGUGUAAUAACAUGUUGAAAACAUUCUAGAACUCUAUCUAUAUGCUUGAGAAUGAAAACUUGUUAUGAUAAAGAGAGAGAAAUAUUGCGAUGUGCCUGUUUUCUUCUUCACACAUGGUUGAAUAAACUGUUUGCUGUUCGAGAUUUGACGCACUUUUUCUGAUACGGAGAGGUUGAAAGAAUAUGACAAUGUAGAGAAAAAAUAGUAUUAUGCAAGUACAUAGUACAAAAGAUUGAUUUAUACCAUCAAUAUCGAUAUAAAAUCAAUGAGAGUUCAUUAAAGCAGAUUCACUUGUGAAUGAAGAACAAAAUAGAUGUUGCCUAUUUAAUGAGUAAAAGGGCUUGUGUAAUGUACUAAAACAGCCAAGAGGUGAUCAAAUAUCAUUCAUAUUGAGUGGGUUUUGUUUAAUACAGUGUAGACAAGCAAGUAUUACACCACCAAAUUUGGCACAGUAUCCAGUGGUAACAUGUACAUACAUGCUAUGAUGAAUUGACAUGAGUAUUCAUUUUUAUACAGUCCAUUGUAUUUUGAUGAGUAAAUUCUCAGACAAAACAUUUACAAAAAUAGGUUGCAUUUGGAAAUUGGAAUCAUCCAGAUUCAUUCCAACUUCAGAAAAUGUAGCUAACUGAGCUAAAUGGAAUAAUUUAGAAUUCCAAGUUGUUGACUGAAUGACUGUAUGGUCGGAAAUAUUUUUAUACAAGCACUAUACAGGAUGAAAUAGUGUCAGUGAGAGUCGGGCUUCUUCAUGUAUAUUAGUAUUAACAGAAUGAGGCUUUUCGUGUGAAAUCAUUAUGUAAUAAAAUAACACUAGUCUUAUCCUGGAGCUCUGAACAAUAUGGGGCGGCAUGUAUAUAGGGAACGACAAAUUAAUAUGUAUAUAUUGAAAGUAUGGUGAAGUGUGUCCGACAGAUCAAAUUAGAAUUAAUAAUGAUCAUGAAUGUAAAUAAGAAACAACUACUUAAGCUAGCAACGUGCAGUAUUUUCAAUUUAUUAAGUUCAGUAUGUCUCGACUGUAAGGGGCU